AUGCCUCUCAUCUCAAGCCUCUCAUCCCAAGCCUCUCAUCCCAUGCCUCUCAUCCCAUGCCUCUCAUCCCAUGCCUCUCAUCCCAUGCCUCUCAUCCCAUGCCUCUCAUCCCAAGCCUCUCAUCCCAAGCCUCUCAUUCGAAGCCUCUCAUCCCAAGCCUCUCAUCCCAUGCCUCUCAUCCCAUGCCUCUCAUCCCAUGCCUCUCAUCCCAUGCCUCUCAUCCCAUGCCUCUCAUCCCAAGCCUCUCAUCCCAUGCCUCUCAUCCCAAGCCUCUCAUCCCAUGCCUCUCAUCCCAAGCCUCUCAUCUCAAGCCUCUCAUCCCAAGCCUCUCAUCCCAAGCCUCUCAUCCCAUGCCUCUCAUCCCAAGCCUCUCAUUCGAAGCCUCUCAUCCCAAGCCUCUCAUCCCAUGCCUCUCAUCCCAAGCCUCUCAUCCCAUGCCUCUCAUCCCAUGCCUCUCAUCCCAAGCCUCUCAUCCCAAGCCUCUCAUCCCAAGCCUCUGAUUCGAAGCCUCUCAUCCCAUGCCUCUCAUCUCAAGCCUCUCAUCCCAAGCCUCUCAUCCCAAGCCUCUCAUCCCAUGCCUCUCAUCCCAUGCCUCUCAUCCCAUGCCUCUCAUCCCAUGCCUCUCAUCCCAAGCCUCUCAUCCCAAGCCUCUCAUCCCAAGCCUCUCAUCUCAAGCCUCUCAUCCCAAGCCUCUCAUCCCAAGCCUCUCAUCCCAUGCCUCUCAUCCCAUGCCUCUCAUCCCAUGCCUCUCAUCCCAAGCCUCUCAUCCCAUGCCUCUCAUCCCAUGCCUCUCAUCCCAUGCCUCUCAUCCCAAGCCUCUCAUCCCAAGCCUCUCAUUCGAAGCCUCUCAUCCCAAGCCUCUCAUCCCAUGCCUCUCAUCCCAUGCCUCUCAUCCCAAGCCUCUCAUCCCAUGCCUCUCAUCCCAUGCCUCUCAUCCCAAGCCUCUCAUCCCAAGCCUCUCAUCCCAAGCCUCUGAUUCGAAGCCUCUCAUCCCAUGCCUCUCAUCUCAAGCCUCUCAUCCCAAGCCUCUCAUCCCAAGCCUCUCAUCCCAUGCCUCUCAUCCCAUGCCUCUCAUCCCAUGCCUCUCAUCCCAUGCCUCUCAUCCCAAGCCUCUCAUCCCAAGCCUCUCAUCCCAAGCCUCUCAUCUCAAGCCUCUCAUCCCAAGCCUCUCAUCCCAAGCCUCUCAUCCCAUGCCUCUCAUCCCAUGCCUCUCAUCCCAUGCCUCUCAUCCCAAGCCUCUCAUCCCAUGCCUCUCAUCCCAUGCCUCUCAUCCCAUGCCUCUCAUCCCAAGCCUCUCAUCCCAAGCCUCUCAUUCGAAGCCUCUCAUCCCAUGCCUCUCAUCCCAUGCCUCUCAUCCCAAGCCUCUCAUUCGAAGCCUCUCAUCCCAUGCCUCUCAUCCCAAGCCUCUCAUCCCAUGCCUCUCAUCCCAUGCCUCUCAUCCCAAGCCUCUCAUCCCAAGCCUCUCAUCCCAAGCCUCUGAUUCGAAGCCUCUCAUCCCAUGCCUCUCAUCUCAAGCCUCUCAUCCCAAGCCUCUCAUCCCAAGCCUCUCAUCCCAUGCCUCUCAUCCCAAGCCUCUCAUCCCAAGCCUCUCAUUCGAAGCCUCUCAUCCCAUGCCUCUCAUCCCAUGCCUCUCAUCCCAAGCCUCUCAUCCCAUGCCUCUCAUCCCAAGCCUCUCAUCCCAUGCCUCUCAUCCCAUGCCUCUCAUCCCAAGCCUCUCAUCCCAUGCCUCUCAUCCCAUGCCUCUCAUCCCAUGCCUCUCAUCCCAUGCCUCUCAUCCCAUGCCUCUCAUCCCAUGCCUUUCAUCCCAGUCGCACCAAGCCCUCUCACUUCAUCACCUGCCCUCAGCCUAGCCUGCUCUCACACCAUGCUCUCACAUCAUCAACUCACCCCCUGCUCUCCUAUCUGCUGCGCUGCUUGGGCGUGCCAAGGAGGGGCAAGGGGGCGGCAGCAAGGCAAGCGAGGGAGUUGGUGGCAUGGGAACUGGCAGUCCAAACCUCCCUUAGCCGCCUGCUCAACGAUGGCUCAAACAGCCUGGUGCGCCUGCUCUGUACAUUGCAAACAGCGGGCGUAUCAAUUCGGCGGGCAACGAUGUCACCAUCGUCGUUGGAGGCAGCACGGCAAAGCCCACUGGGCGCAAACAACCCGCCGUCAAAAGCACGGUCGCGAGCCACGGUCACUGCUGCGACUCCAGCCACUGAUGACGCCUACCCCGACACCCCAAACUACAGAGGUGCAGCAGCAGCUGCAGAUAAGCUCGUGGAGCCUAAAGAGACCGCCAAGCACGCAUGGGCAGUAGCAGGAGCAGCACGAGAAGGCCGCUCAUCCCGUGCUAGAGUGACUGAUGCAGAAUGUGUGACUGCUGAGGGAAAAAAACACUAA